AUGUCGAACAGUGCGCCCACGCAUGAACUACACUUUGUGAUCGGAGGUGCCGGAUUCCUUGGCUCACAUAUUUUGGAAGCCUUGGUAGCACGCGGAGAGACAGCUGUGGCCUCCUUCGACAUCCGAGAACCAACAGAGCGCGUGCCGAAUGUUCAUUAUUACGAGGGUGAUCUGACCCAGGCGGAAUCGCUGACCAAGGCCAUCACUGAUGCGCAAGAAGACACGCGCACUGCCGGUAUUGAAGGUCGCUCUGUGGCUGUGUAUCACACGGCAAGUCCGGUCGCAGGUCUCGGUCCGGACGUGUACGAAAAAGUCAAUGUGCUGGGCACAGAAGUCGUGAUCGAGGUAUGCAAGGAGCCUAAGAAUGGUGUUGCCAAACUCAUUUUCACAUCAAGCGCAGGCGUUGUAUUUAAUGGAUACGACCUUAAAUUCAUUGAUGAGCGCGUGGGGUACCCCGAAACGCCACUGGAUGCAUACAACGAUACCAAAGCGCGCGCGGAAAAACUGGUUCUGGAGGCUAAUCACCAUGAAAAUGGUCUCAAAACUGUUGCACUGCGCCCAGCUGGCAUAUUUGGUCCUAGGGACCGACAGGCGCUCCCCGGCUUCUUCAAGGUCCUGGAGAACAAGCGCACUAGGUGGCAGAUUGGCAAAAACCUUAAUCUAUUCGACUGGACUUAUGUGGGCAAUGUCGCUCAUGCACAUCUGCUCGCAUCGGACUGCCUUGGCGUCAAGGGUCCUGAGCCGCGUCCGGAGUCCAAGUUCUUGACGUCCGAGCUUUCUGACGAGCAUUUGCCUCUCAAGAUGGGCGCGUCUGACCUCGAGGAUGCCCGUGACGUACCCACUUCUCUCCAGCGCCAAGAUGUAUCAAAGCCAGCAGAGGACUACUGCCGUAAUGUGAAGCCACUAAUUGAUUUGAGCGGCGUCGAUGCCGUCAAUCAACGCCCUGUCUUCCGCAACCGUUUUGAUCAAUUCUUCCACCAUGCUUACCCGAACGUGGCAUGCGGUGGUAAUCCGAUGCCAAAGUUGAGCUCAUAUGCAAAGUCGGAGCUAUAUGCUGAUGGCGAGGCAUUCUUUAUCACGAAUGGCCAGCCUAUUCCCUUCUGGGACUUUCCACGUGCUCUCUGGUAUCACUAUAAUGGCCACGUCGACAAACCAGAGCACAUCAUUGUCCUCAGUCUUAUGUUUGCUCUGUUUCUUGCAUUCUUGGCCGAGAUCUUUUCGAAGCUGACUGGACGCCCCGUACAGUUCACCAGGUACCGCGUCACUUACACUGCAUGUGACCGUUACUACAAUAUCGAGAAGGCGCGGCGCAUUCUGGGAUAUGAGCCGAUAUAUGGUCUCGAAGACUCUAUUAAGCGCAGUGUCAAGUGGUGGAAAACCCUUCAUCCGCCUACCAAGUCCAUUCCCGGUGAGACAGCCAAGACCAAAUAG